AUGCAUCGCUCCCCCUUUCUCCUCUUCCUCCUCCCGGUCCUGAUCCUGCCGGCAGCCUCGGCCAGAGGGCUCCACGGCUGGGACCCGGAGAUCCGCAUGCCGGCCGAGGAGACGGCGAUGGGCCAGUCCGAGGAGGACGUUACGGGAACCAGGUGGGCGGUCCUCGUCGCCGGGUCCUCCGGCUACGGCAACUACCGGCACCAGGUACGGCGAUAGAUGCGACCAGUCAAUCUCCCAUACCCACCUUCUGUUCGAUUCUGUCUGUUUCAUUCUCUCAAGCUAAUUAUCCGGCCGUGGUGGUGAUGGUGGCGCCGCCGCCGUCGUGUGGCGGUGCAAUGGCGCGGCAGGCGGACGUUUGCCACGCGUACCAGAUCCUGAGGAGAGGUGGGCUGAAGGAAGAGAACAUCGUGGUGUUCAUGUACGACGACAUCGCCCACAACCCUCUAAACCCUAGGCCCGGGAUCAUCAUCAACCACCCUCAGGGGGAGGACGUCUACGCCGGCGUCCCCAAGGUAUGUCCCUCCCAGUUAUGCGCCAGGGAAAUUAAUCUUAGAGCCAGUGGGGAUUUUACGAGCUCCACGGUGGCAGGAUUACACGGGAGAACAUGUCAACACUAGGAACCUGUACGCGGUCCUGCUCGGCAACAUGAGCGCCGUGGAAGGGGGGAGCGGGAAAGUCAUCGAUAGCAAGCCCAAUGACCGCAUCUUCCUCUACUACUCCGACCAUGGCGGACCAGGGGUUCUCGGUGAGAAGCCCCGCCGUCCUCUUCUCCAAGGAAUCCCAUUCUAUUUCGUCGAUUGUUCAAUAAUUCAGGUUUCUUGCUUGGAUUUGCAGGGAUGCCCAACAUGCCUUUCCUCUACGCCGCCGAGUUGAUAGAGGUGUUGAAGCGGAAGCACGCCAUGGGCGGCUACGGGGAGAUGGUGGGCUCCUCGUCUUAUCCCGUCUUUCUUCGUUCUCGUCUGACGGGGAGGCGAUGGUUCAGGUGGUGUAUGUGGAGGCAUGCGAGAGCGGGAGCAUAUUCGAAGGGCUGAUGCCGGAGGACCUGAACAUCUACGUGACGACGGCCUCCAACGCUGAGGAGAGCAGCUGGGGGACCUACUGCCCCGGGAUGGACCCGCCGCCGCCGCCGGAGUUCAUCACCUGCCUCGGCGACCUCUAUAGCGUCUCGUGGAUGGAAGACAGGUUCCUCCAUAGCCCCUUCGUCGUCCUCCUCCUCCUCCUCCUCCUCCUCUCGCCACCUCCUCAUCAUCCCUUUGCUGCUCCUCGACAGCGAAGCUCACAACCUGAAGCUAGAGACCAUCCAGAAGCAGUAUGAAAGGGUAUUUUGGCCUGAACACUCCUGCUCGGCUCCUGAACACUCUCUGGUUUCCUUCCCCUUCGUCCGAUUCCUUUGACUACCGCGGCUGCAGGUGAAGACGAGGACGUCCAACUACAAUACCUACAGCCCCGGUUCCCAUGUCAUGGAAUACGGUAGCAAAGUUAUGAAGGCCGAGAAGCUCUAUCGCUUCCAGGGAUUUGACCCCGCCACUGCGAACCUUACCAACAACAUGCUCCGGGGCUACCGCCGCCUGGAGGCCGUCAACCAGAGGGACGCCGACCUCCUCUUCUUGUGGCACCGGGUGAGUACCCCCUGCAACUGCGCCGUCCGAUCAUCUCCCCGUUGCUGCUAAUGGUUUCUUCCCCACCGAUCACCAGUACAAGCAGCUCGGAGAGGGGUCGGAGCAGAAAGCGGAGGUCCUGAGAGAAAUCACAGCAAAGAUGACGCACAGGGUUCACCUCGACGGCACAGUCGAGCUCGUCGGGAAGCUCCUCUUCGGGUCAGAUAGAGGCCCCUCGAUCCUCACCGCGGUGAGAGCAUCUGGUCAGGCCCUAGUCGACGACUGGGCGUGCCUGAAAAAUAAGGUGGAGGACGAUCUCUCUCGCCAUGAGGAAUCUAAUCGAGAGCAGAAAACCCUAGAUAAAUAAAGUCUCAUCUUCUCUCAGGUUCUCGUGUUCGAGUCCCACUGCGGGCCGCUUACUCAGUACGGGAUGAAGUACAUGCGAGCGUUUGCGAACAUCUGCAACGAGGGAGUCUCGACUGCGGCCAUGGAGGAGGCUUGCAGGGGCGCCUGUGGGGACUAUUUCAAGGGAUCUCUGGUCUUACCAGGCGGGAGAUACAGCUCAUGGUGA